AACAGGGUGGCAUCUCCUUAGAUGAAACGUCUAAAUGAGAACCCUAUGUUUGAAGUUGUCAAUUCCGAUCAUUAGUGCACGUGUAGCGUUUGUUUUUAAUUUAAUAUUUUUCAACUUACAUUAAAUUGAUAUCUGAAAAUGAAGAGGAAAGCAAGACUAGAAGCUGAAACCGAUUCCGAAUCUUACUCGGAUGAUAAUUCAGAUGAAGAGCUCCAAGAAGCCUUUGCUCGUGGCGAGCUGAAGCCGGGUCUGAACAUAGAAUUCAGCGCAGGAAAAGAGAAAGUCAACAAUAUCCCAAAAUUGCUAGCCAAAACAGAUGACAUCAAACUAGAUUUGACAUGGGUUGAACGAAUGGAUAUGGUGAACGAUUUGGCUCCAGUGGCACCUGAAUUAGUCAUACAGUUAGAGAAACAUGAGCAAAAGCGCGCUAAUAUGUUUAAGGGCAAUGCCAAAAUUCCGUAUGUGCAGCCCGAAGAGGAUCCUGUACUCAAUGACUUCAAACGUGAAAUGCUUUUUCAUCGCCAGGCUCAAGCCGCCGUAUUGGAAGGUAUAAAGCGUUUGCAUGCUGCUGGAGUUGUUACACGUCGUCCUGAUGACUAUUUUGCUGAAAUGGCUAAAUCUGAUGAACACAUGCAGAAGGUACGUGCUAAUCUCAUGGCCAAACAAGAAGGUCAAGCUAAGUCGGAACGUAUAAAGCAAAUACGUGAACAACGUAAAAUGGGCAAAUUACUUGCAAAACAAACAAAAGUGCAGCGAGAAAUGGAAAAGAAAGAUAUGUUGGAUAAGUUGAAGAAAUUCCGAAAGGGCAAACUGAAGAAUCUUGACUUCUUGGAGGAUGCUAAGGCUUUAGAAUCACAAAAGAAAAAAUCAGCAGAUAAACGGAAACAACGUAACAAGAAGUUUGGUUUUGGUGGCAAAAAGAAGGGUCAGAAACGAAAUACAAAAUCUUCCUCCGCUGGACUCGAAAAGGUGAAAAACUUCAGGAAAGGUGCAAAAGCAACAGGCGGCGGAAACAAACGAUUAGGAAAAUCCCGCAGAUUGAAAUCCAAAUCUAAGAAAUGAUAUAUUUUUAAUAUCCAUAGUCUAGGCUUAUUAUAUUAAAAUAUAGAUAUAAAAAUUAAAAUAUAAAUAUAUAUGUAUGUACAUAUAUUUACA